AUGACAGUGCCUAGUGAAAUGAUUGUCAUAUCAUCGAAGGAAAAACCUUCAUUUUAUAUUAGUCCAAAAGAGACCACUGCCCUUCCCACCGCUUCGAGACCCCGGAACGUCAUUCCCCGCAGUUUCCUCCUUUACACGCCUCCCCACAAAAUCUGUAGAUCUGCGUAUCUGCAGCAGUCCGGGGGUUCAUUGUGGUCUGGCUAAGAGACUGUUCCGGUCGUUCCUCUGGCUUGAAAAGAAUGAACGUCAAUCUUUGAUACUAUAAUUCAGACGUUAUAAUUAUUUUUAUUGAUAUCAAAUGCGUCACAAACUUUACCUGAAUCUUAGUCCUAGUCAAUUAUAAACCACCAACAUAUAAUAUAAGAAAAUGUCUGUUAUGUGAUUAUGAUUGGUAGUCUCGACAUGUGGUUGAACUUGGAAGUCUCAACACUAGUUCUAGAGGAGAGACGAAAAGGGAAAAUGCAUUCACCAGAAUAUCUCAGAAAUGUCUCGACACUUUAAUUUAGAUGGCAGCUUCUUUAAUUUUUUAACGUGAAAAUCAGAAUCAGUAGAUAUGGAGGAACAAACCUUUAAAAGGAUAUAAUUUUGAUGAUGAAUACACAUCCAUUAGCAUGCUUUUGUGUAAAUAAAUGUGUAAAAUGAUAAGAAAUAAUGAUUACAAAAAGAUGCACUCCAGACCUCUUUUUGAGAAAUCGUUUUCCACGGAGAGUCUCGACAUCCAUAAUUUCGCUUCAUAACGAUUGUCACAAGAGGAGCAAUUAUGGGCCUCUCGGUCUGCAACCGCUCUGCACUCUUUGGAAGAUCAUUGUUACAGGAUACGGCUAUUUUCACCGUAGGUAACCGUUGGUAUCGUUCGGUCGAGUAAGAAAUUUACAACACAGCCAAAAAACCGUCAUGCCAGUAGCAACUUUGCAACUAAAAUCAUACUAUGAAGGAAAUAUUCGACACAACCAGAAGCUCUCUCGAACGAUAAACGUCAUGGAAGGGGCUCAGUAACUAUACAAAGACCAAAACCAAAUUGAAGCUACAUAAUCCGUAGUAUAAGCUUUCUUUUUUGUUUCGCUUACGUCAAAUAGUGCUUAUCAUCGACAGUGGGGGAAUUCAUUUAGCCAUAAGUGGCAGCCCUUUACUAGGUGACCCACAUUUUCAACCUUCGACUUGUGAAGGUUGUAACGUUGCAAAAAUAAGGGAGACCGAAUAUAAUAAAGUGACUCAAGAUUCUGAUUUUAAACUGAGAGAGUCCUUGAAAGGUUAAAACAAGUUUCCUGAAACUUCCAGGUAGCUUCUUCGAUCGGCCAGUUCGAAAUGAAUAUAUGUGUACUUAGGAACCUCACCCGGCUUAUCGUUCUCAAAGACCAUCUUCCUCCGUUUUAAGUUACCCAGUGCAGAUCACGGAGAAGUGAGGUAAACAGCCCGACCUUAGAUGGGGUUGGUGUCUUUCCUUGUCAUCCUCUUCCUCUCCGUAGCUUCUGUGGAGUCUAUCAGGGAUGCUUUCAUGUCGACUUCAGAUCCUAAUGCCGAUGGUAAGCGUGGCAAAAGUGCUGUCUAUUUCUUCUUGAACUUCUCAUAUUUAAGCAUAAGCGUUAUCACUUUAGUUCUGCAGAGCCCUAAUUUACAAAAUUAUUUCGCUUAUGUUAAAAGCCCCCCAAAAAUUGAUAAUUUCGUCAUUUCGUAUUUUGACGGAAUCCGAUUCAAUUUAUAAAACAAAAUCCGUCUUCUGUUCGUACAGAAAUUCCAGCGAUAAUGGAAAUUUCAGAAGAAUUAUAGUUAUUGUAUUUUUAUUUGUCUUAAAGAGUGAGCUUUGAUUAUCAGCAUCUAUAUUUUUUGAGCCAAUCGAGAAUUUUUCCAAUACUGCAUUUAGGAAAUGAUCCAAUUCCGGACGGUAAUUUCAUUAUCAGUCAAGAAGAAAUGCUUCACAGGAAUGAGAUGCCUUCUUCCAAUGACCUGUCGACAGCAUUAUGUGAUUCAUGCUUGAAGAUUUCGAAAAAUUCCAAGGAAUUCUUGAGUGCUUCAAGCUUAUCAAACGAAGUUGGUAAUCUAGGCAACAUAUUUUGUCACCUUAUGCCAGCUGAUUCAGAGAAAAAGGUGCGCAAAAUUAAGUGCUAGUGCACUGAGGUUACUUGAUUGUAGUUUGUUUACACAGGCAUGUAUUUUCUCCUGAUAGCAGUGUGAAAUGAUUGCGGAGAUGUAUGAACAUAAAGGCACAACGUUCCUCCAAGAGUUUUUUCACGAUGAGAAUUUCUGUACAAACAAAGGAUUCUGCCCGGUAAAUUCUCAAGGCGGAGCAAUGCCACCUCCUGGCCAGACUCAGAUUCGACAUAUUGGGGAACACUUAAACAGUGUUCUGAGUAAAUUAGAGAAUGGAUUGCCCGUUGAUUUGACAACUGUUUUCAACAGCACUGCGUCUUUACCAAAUCUAAAACCCACCACUGAGGUCAGAAGAACUGCGACAUUCUAAACUUGCAUCCUUUUCUUGGUAAAUAAUAGCUUUUUCAAGGAUUUACUCGCUGAUCGAAACUUAUUAGUAUUUUUUAUUCAUCAGCUGAAAUCAAACGGAAGCUGUGCUGCAUGCUGGAAUAUUUUGGAUAAAAUCCGUAAACAGUUGGAGGAUCCCGACAAACAGGCAAGAAUGAUACGUUUCCUAUAAUUAGUUUCCCUUAUGAGAGAGAGUUUCCUCUUAUUUUUCCAUCCCUUUAUUUUCAGCUUAAGUUGAUAUCGGCAAUUCUCAAAGCUUGUGAAACGGAAGUAUUUGUCUCUCAAGUAAGUAGGGGAUGAUGGGAGGGCAGGAAUGCAGAGAAUAGAUUUACAUUUUUCUUAAAAAGCACAAAUUUUCACUCAAUACAUUCGUCUACCAGCAGUAGAUGAAAUUACGCAAGGCAUAAAUCUUCAGUCUCUUAUUUUCAUGAAACUUUAUUGCGAUUAUCAUAUCAUCUUUUACCGAGAAUAGCAUGUUUUGAUGCUAGGAUAGAAUUCUUCAUAACCGUACUAUCAUAGUCACAUGAACAUAUUUUAAUAUUUACAUGCAUGCAACGUUGAUAACAGACCCUAGUGAAUGACCAAUAUGUAUUGUAUCACCACCAACCAUUUUGCUUCUCGAACUGACUCAUCGCAGAAAUAAAAUUACAAUGAUGUAAGAAUUGACUGCAUGUCCUCUCAAGCUAUCAUUUAGCCAGCAUCAAUUUUUUAACAUAAUCAGAUAUUUGAGAUUAUUUUGAAAGGAAUUAUCAAAUUUAUAUGCAGUGCAAGAAGAUGGUUUUCGCCUAUGGUCCAAUCAUUGUAACAAACCUUCAGAAGGUUGUCAGUUUAGACUUGUGUCAUAUGGUGCAUAUUUGUCAAGAUCCUCGAAACCAAACAAGUCACAUGAACAUUGUUGGUGCCAAAAACACCAGAGGCAACCUGAGAGUUCCAGUUCAGGCGACCAUAUAA